GGUCCCAGUGGUCCUGGUGUCGUUCGAGAACUCGCGUGCCUCCCUUGCAAUCUUGCAACAGCUUGAAUUUCCCACCUUAUUCCGCCUCAUAGUAUAGUAUCGACCGUAGUCUCCGUUUCUUCUCAGCAAUAUGAGUAAUAUCAGCACGUAUUCUGACUCGAUCCAAAAGGGGGCACGAGAUGACCACUCUGGCCUUGCUGAGGGGUCUGUUUCCCCUCACGAGAACAUCCCGAGGUUCUUCGCCAAACACGGCUUCGAGGGUGUCGACCCAAAGAAGACCAAGAAGAACGGCAACGGCAAGGGUAACUGGGGCCCAGCAGGCGCUGAAAUUGUCGAUGUAGACUUCAACUUCGCCAAUGCUCGCCGCCGUUCCAACAGUAGUGGCUUUACCACCCACCUUAGGGACUUGAAGACCAAGUUCGAAAUCAAUGAACCCGAACCCGUCUUCGAAGAAAGACUGCACGGUCCCGAGGCCGAGGACGAAAACAACCUGAGCAAGACCGAGACUUCUUCUAGCGCAGGAAGUUCCUCGGACGAGCAGAAAUAAUCACAUCUCGGAUUAUCUACAACGCUAGAUGAGGUUCCCUAGCCGGAUUGACUUCAUCCACCACAACUAUCCCUCCUAGUUAUUACUAUUAUGUGUACUUAUGACGAAACCUCUAUGAAGGAUAUUUCAUUAAAAGAAAAUCAUCUGGCUGUCAAGCUGGCUGGAACUAUGGGAUGGGAAUUUUUGGGGAGGUUUUAUGAGACAUGAGUUUAUGCUAGCUAACCGUCAAUUAUUUCGACUAUGAGUU